CCUCGUUUCAUGGAAUUCCCGGAAUCCCGGUUUAUCACUCUUGGCAAGAGUAAUAUAAUAUUCGUAUUUGAACAUUUUUACAAUGUUGUAUAAAGUUGUUUUAGUGAGCUUUAUAGGCGCUGCGGCGACCUUGGCCUACUAUGUAUGGAAUGUUUUGAAAUCGUCUGUAUCACCAUAUCCAUUUGGUUCAUUCGCCCCAAUCCAAAAUGACUGUAAAGUGAAAUGGUUCGUUGAUGGCCAAGAGUAUAUGUCCGCUGUUGCUGACGCCAUUGAAGCUGCGAAGCAGGAAAUACUCAUUACUGAUUGGCAAAUGAAUCCAUAUAUUUUUAUGAAAAGGCCAGAUCAUGGCGUUGCCAGUUUGAAAUGGCGACUGGAUAAAAUGUUGAUAAGGAAAGCUGACGAAGGUGCUCGUGUGUAUAUUCUACUAUACUGGGAAACAGAACUAGCUCUUGAUCUUGGCAGUAACCACACACAGUCGGUACUAAAUAACCACCGUAAUAUAGUAGUUUAUCGCCAUCCAACCUGGCUCACCGCAAUUAAACACCCAAGCACAAUUAGGUGGAGCCAUCAUGAAAAACUUGUUAUUGUCGACAGGAGUGUGGCUUUUGUCGGAGGAAUUGAUCUUUGCUUUGGCCGUUGGGAUACGCAUAAUCACGAAUUGAUGGACAACUAUAAAAUUCACCCGUGUGCCAAACAAGACCAUGGAAACGGGAAUCGAGAAGCAGAUGACAGAUACUCUCGAUGGGUUGGCAAGGAUUAUAAGAACACUUUUUUUUCGAACGAAAGUACAAUUGAUUGGGAAAGGCCGUAUGACGACUAUGAUUAUGUUGAUAGAAGUGAAAUUCCCCGAAUGCCUUGGCAUGAUGUAGCGUGUGCUUUCACCGGCGCUGCAGUCUCGGAUGUAGCAAAGCAUUUUAUCCAACGGUACAAUGCUUUAGAUCUUGGCUGGUCGGAGCUCCAUAAUUUGCCAACCGAACUUGAUGUAUCCGAGUAUAUUCUCCCUGAUAUCAGUUCGUAUACAAAUACUAAGGUGCAAGUCCUUCGUUCUGUUGACGAUUGGUCGGCUGGCCAACCUCACGAAGCUUCAAUUUAUAACGCUUAUCUUCACGCGAUUAAGAAUUCUAAGCACUAUAUUUAUAUCGAAAACCAAUUUUUCAUCUCAUCUCAACCGGGUAGACUCUUGAACGUGGAGAAUCUGAUUCAAUUGGCUAUAGUAGAUCGAAUUUAUCGUGCUUAUAAGGAAAAUAAGGACUUCCAUGUCAUGAUAGUAAUGCCACUGAAGCCGGAGUUUGGUCCCGAGGAUUGGAUUCAAAGUUUCCUAAAUGGUUUAACAGGGGUUAGUUACUGGAACUAUGCGACUCUUUUUAGCGGAGAAAACUCUUUAGUCCACAUGUUGGAAGAAAGAGGUAUGCCUUGUGCAUACAUAAAAAAAUAUUUUAGUGUAUAUGGAUUGCGAACACAUGGCUCGUUAGGCGAGAAAUUGGCGACCGAAAUUAUUUAUGUACACAGCAAGUUGAUGAUCGUCGACGAUCGAGUUACUAUAAUCGGUUCAGCUAAUAUCAAUGAUCGGAGUAUGCUUGGGGGACGAGAUUCGGAGGUAGCAGUCAUUAUCGAAGAUGUGGAAAUGAUUCACGGAAAGAUGAAUGAUAGCCAAUACCAAGCUGGAAAGUUCUCACAUAAUCUGAGAUGUUCUCUUCACAAGGAGCAUCUUGGGCUCUCGAAUACGCGAAAUGUCAGAGAUCCUCUAAAGAGCUCAUUUGUCUCAGGAAUUUCAAGUCAGGCAAAAAAGAAUGACUAAAAUCUACGAGACGGUGUUUCCAGGAUCCAGGAUACUCCCCACCAAUCAGGUAGCGAACUAUGACGGUCUCAAAAGAUGGAAAAAAAACAAAGGUCUUGUUGAUACUGAUGAGAAGCAAGCCAGGGAUGAAUUGCAACAGGUUCGUGGAAACAUUGUGGAAUUUCCAGAUCGUUUUCUAAACAAUGAGCUACGGCCACCGGUUGUGGACGUCAGUUCCUUACAAACUGGAUCUAAUACGUGACGGUGCAGAUGCAUUAAGUUAAACUGCAUGUCUGUGCCAAUGUAGGUAUGGAGGGAUGCGCAACUACCUGAAAAAUAUAAGGAGAAAUCUCCCCUUAUAUUUUUCAGGUAGUUGCAUCUCUACCAACGAAAGCUUGCAUUAAUUAAACAAUAUCCGCAAACUAAGCCUAAUUUUGUGAGCGGUUUAAUUUAGUUUUUGAAAGGUUUAAGUAGUAUUAUCAAUACAUAGGAUUUAGGGAGCUUAUAAGCAAGCGAAGUUGUUAAUUUUUGUCAAGACGGUCGUCAGAUUG